UUAAUGCGCGCUUUUGUCUAUCUACCGACUUUUGUUAUUUUGUAUUCUACAUGAUAAAUUCUACAUGACAAAAGAGUGAAUUAAAUAUCGGGUCCCAUCACGCAGUCUGAAACUGUUAGUCUGGUCUGGGUUACACGAAGCCCACCGAAUUUGAAACCGAAAACAUUAGCUUAGCUCUGUUAGCUUAGUGGGCCAAUCAUUAACAUGCUGUCUGUCAAAUAUAUCAGUUUAACACAAUAAUCCACAAAACAUGGGGACGUUAGCUGCUUGUUUACCCGUUUUAACCCUUUUGUAUGCUUCAUGGCAAAGCGCAGAGGGAAACAAAGGAUAUUUAUACGCAGAUUGCACCUAUGUGAAAGGAGACAGUGCCCACGAGUAUUCUGGGAGUCGAUGCUUCUGUUACAGCCCUGGAACAGGAAUCAAAUGGAAGGACAUCUGGUCCACCUUCAAGGUAAAUGUGACAAGUGAUGAGGAUGUCUUUGUCAUGUUUCCGAUGGAAACCAGAAAUUGCCAUCAUCCGGAUGAUCUUCUCACAGUUACUAACUGCUUUGUUGAACACUACUGGCCGUCCACUAUCCAAAGGGAGAAGUCUUUGGACAUUCCUCUGGUUGAUGAAGAUGUCUGCUUCAUGACCAAUUCGCCUAGAAGCAAUACUGAGUAUACACUACACGUCUCCAACAAAAGGUUAAAUAGAAUGUGCUUCCUGCUUUUUGUGUGUGGGCUGGUGUUGUUUUUCAGAGCGGGAAACAUAUGCAGGAGCUCACUGUUUUUCUACACCACCGGAGUUACAUUGGGAGUCAUCAGCGCACUCGUUUUCCUGAUGCUUGUCCUCAGAAACUUUGUACCAACGCGAGGGCUGUUCUUGGUGUUGUUGGGCGCUGCCUCUGGUCUGUCCUACAUGGGGAUCCAGAGGGUGAUAAAUGAAUGGGAUGACAUCGUGACUGAGCACUGGAUGGAAUUACUGGUUUAUGUGCUCAUAUCAGGGUUAUUUAGCUUUGCUGUAUGCUAUAAACACGGCCCCAUCGCCAACAAACACACCCUCAACUUUAUGACCUGGUGUAUGCAAGUAGUGAGCAUGGUUUUGCUGUACUAUGGGAUCACAUUCCCCCCUGCCUACUACGUACUGAUCAUGUUACUGUUGUGCCGGAAGAUUCUUCCUUUGGCCUGUAACCUUCUGAUGUGGAUUUUCAGUCUCUUUUUCUCAUUCCUGGGCUUAUUCUGGAGGAAGAAACGGCCCAAGGUCAGGCUACUGACUGAGGAGGAGUACAGAAAGCAGGGAGAGAUCCACACCAGAGCCUCUCUGGAAGAAUUACGGGAGCACUGUAACAAGUCUGGCUUUCCUGCAUGGGACACUGUGUUGAGGCUCAGAUCACCGCAAAAAUUUGCAGAAUUUCUGCGCAAUGGCAGUCACGUCACUAAAGAGGAGCUUCAGAAUCAUGAGAAUCAGUACAAAAACAUGCUCUUCGACAGCAGCUCCAGCGACACCCAGUUGCACAGAGGAGAAGCAGAGGACAAUAGCGAAGAUGAGCUGGAUCUAACCAGUCCUCCAUCCCCAAAUAAUGUCCCCAGUCCUGCUGUAUAUACUCCAAUUGUCUGCCCGUAUCCCCCUGUUAGCUACACCCCUCAGCCAGAGCCCAUGGAUCCAGAAGACCAGGAUUUCUUUUAAAAUCAUCCUUCUAUCUGUAGGAUGAGUGAUUUUAUGUUCAUUUUAAAGAGACUUUUUGAAACGCUAAACACUUUUUACAAAACAUCAUGACUCUAAGGAUUUCUCGUUUGUGUUUAAAUGAUCUCUUUCAGACAGAGUGGGCUGUUAUUACAUGUUUUUUACCAGGAGUUUGUAUUCUUGUACCCAAGUGAUGUAGAGCUUGGUGUAACACCGUUUUUUUUUUUUUUUUGUAACUGUAUGUUAAUAGUGACUGUGCUGCUCUCAGGUAUAUGAGAUCAUCAGGACAUCAUUGCAGUCACUAAUACAUUUGUCUCAACUGCUCAAGACAAUGACUCAACACAUACAAUACCACAGCAUUUAUGUAAUUUAAGGAAACAGUGCACUCUAGUGUUGGUUAAAGGAACAGUUCACAUAUAAGUGCAAAUUGUGUUUACUCAAGCUCAUCUUAAUCCAUAUCUCUCUAUCUUCCUUGGAACACAUAGAAGAAGUUUAGCAGAAUCUCCAAAUGACUCUUUAUCAUAUAGUUAAAAUAAACGAGGACAUACAGUUUCCAAAAGUUUCUAUUCCAUGUCUUCUGACGUCAUAUGAUAGCUAUGUUCUUAUAAUGACGUAUUAUUAAUGAAUAACAACUUAAAUUUAAAUCUAAGUGGCUGUUCAAAUAAAAUUAUGCAUAAACGCAGAAGCAUUGAAAUAUAACUUUUCAACUGAGAUUUCCUAUCAUUUUAUGAGCUCCAAAAAUUUCAAAAAAGGACUAUAAACUUAGUCCGUAUAUGUUGCACUAUAUUCCAAGUCUUCUAAAGCCAUAAGGGGCAGUGAAAAAAAAAAAAGGUUAAAGGUGAGAAAAGCUAACUUAAUGGUCAAACACUAUGGCUUGCACAUAUUUACAUAAAAAUAAAAAAAUAGUGGAAUGCAAGAAUGAGCUUUUUGUUAUCUCCCAAGAACCCGUUUUUGCAGGCAAAAUGUUUGUAUUCCCCCAAGAAACGGUCUUUUCGGGAGUAUGCAAAGGUUUUGAGAGGCAGCAUAUUAGUUUUGUUAACUACUGCAAAUUAUCUCAGGGGAGCACAAAACUUGCGAGAGGAUGCACUGAAUGUUUUUUUUUUCUUUUCCUUCCACAUAUUUUUUUAAAGGGACACUCCACUCCAAAA